GCCCGCAGCAGUCUCCUUCACUGCGAGGUUUCACUACAGAGAUGGCUGCGAAAGUGUGUAGAUCAGUACUCCUGUUGUCCCGGAGCAGCGGAGCGGUGGCCGGCAGCCUCCCCGCACUUGUUGUGUCUUCACAGCGACAUCAUCAGCAUAUAAGACCGCAGGAGGUACUGUCUGCUCCUUUCCCCCAUCAGACUGUCAGGAGAGCACAUGGCCUACGGUCAGCAACCCACUCCGCACUCUUCACCCAGCCUACCACUGCCCUGUCUCCACAGGUAUGGAGGGGCGCCCCCUCAUGGCAUGGCCAGAGACUGUUGUGUUCCUCUGCUUCUCCAGAGGAGGUGACAGUGGUGUAUCAGAAGGGGCUGCCGGUGAUCUCAGUCAGUUUGCCGUCCAGACGAGAGCGCUGUCAGUUCACCCUCAAGCCUCUCAGUGACUGCGUGGGAGUUUUUCUGCAACAACUCCAGGCAGAGGACAGAGGCAUUGACCGGGUAGCCAUCUACUCCAUGGAUGGGGCGAGGGUCGCCUCCUCCACGGGAAUAGACAUCUUGCUGCUCGAUGAUUUCAAGCUCGUUAUUAAUGACACCACACACCUCGUGCGGCCACCAAGGAGAGAGUUGUUGCCCCACGAGGAGGCAGAAAGGCUGAAUGAUGUCAAAUUUCUGGUGCAGCAGCUCUAUACCACGCUGCGCAUCGAGGAGCACCAACUUAGCAAAGAGCGUGAGCUAAUCGGACGACUGGAGGACCUGAACUCACAACUCCGCCCCCUAGAGAAGGUGAAGGAGGAGUUGAGUAAGAAGGCAGAACGACGCACCACCUGGGUGCUCUGGGGUGGCAUGGCAUAUAUGGCAACCCAGUUUGGCAUCUUGGCCAGGCUAACCUGGUGGGAGUACUCCUGGGAUAUCAUGGAGCCGGUCACCUAUUUCAUUACUUAUGGAACUGCAAUGGCCAUGUAUGCCUACUUCGUUCUAACACGUCAGGAGUAUGUUUAUCCCGACGCUAGAGACAGGCAGUAUCUGCUGUUCUUCCACAAGGGGGUGAAAAGGACACGCUUCGACAUUGAGAAGUACAACAAGCUGAAGGAUGAUAUCGCUGAGGUGGAGUUAGAUCUAAAGCGUCUAAGGGACCCGCUCCAGCUCCAGCUCCCGAUUCAGCAACUCACCACUGAUAAAAAUUGAUGGGAAGAGUGACCUCCUCCUCUCUCAGCUCCUGAAACCCACCUUUUUUUCUCCUUGUCCCUUCUCUGCUGUCCUACACCCUUCUCCCUCUUCCCCAUCUGUUCCCUCAGAUUCCUCCCUCCCUGCAUCCCUUCCACAUAAUCCCAUCCCUUUCUUCACUGAUGGAGUUGCUUUUUUUUCUCCGUUUUUGGGGGGGGGGGGUUCUUUUUAUUUUCCCAGCUGAAACCUGCAGCUGGAAUUGCAAGUGAAAAACAGGACGGUGAGAACAUCAAGAACUGAAAACCUCUCACAGCCGACAGAUGUUGAGGAUGAUGGAAAGGAAGAUGAUGACCAUGGAAUUAAACUGGGCACUGUGGAUAUGCCUCAAGUCUCCAGAGGGACAGCCUGCAGGUAACUCCAGGGGUGAAAUGGGAAUUACUACACCUGUAGAACACUCCGCGACAGGGAACACGCAGAAGGGCAGCCGUAUGUGUGUGUGUUAGCAGGACUUUCAGGCUACCUUGGGACACCGACCCUGGCUACUCUGCGGGUCACCACAGCGGUGCAGUCCUUCUUGUUCUAGCAGCCAAACACACGCCUCCUCUUGGACAGGGCAGGCUGCGAGGACACGUUUACAAGGAAGUUCUGACUGCAGUCACACCAUCAGGAAGACCGUAGUUUUUCCUGAGGCUGAAUUCUGCUGCCUCUCCCUCUUUGGGCCACGCCUCCUCCAGGUGACGGACAGCUGUCCUUCACAGCGUGAACUUUGUCAGGAGCCCGUCUCCACUCGCAGGAUGCAGGAAUGAAAACGCCUCAUUUCCUCUUCCUGUUUUAAUGUCCUGUAGCGGCCCAGCCUGCGCAAGUAUGACAGUACUACCGACAACAACAUCACUGUGUGUUCUUUUAUUCCAAAAAAAAAAAAAAAAAAAAGAAAUUAAAAAAAAUAUUUUGGCACUUUUUAUUUUGAAAGCCAUAGUAUAUUUGUUAUGGAAAAAUAUGAAUAUAUAUGUAUACAAUCAAAUAAACCAGAUGACCAGAGGCUAGUUUUUUCAGUGGGGGGAGGAGCUCUCAUGCAAACCUCAUUUUUUUUUUUUUUUUUUGCCAUCAAAUAAUUAAUUUACAUCCUCUGAAGAUCUCCUGCCAUGAUGGAAGCCCUCUAACACUAACACACACUUAGUCGCAUAUGCACACACAAAGAGCAUCACCCUCUAUGCAUUACAUGCGUUAAGUUAACUGUUUUAUGUGUUUUCAUGGCAAAUGUCACCGUAUAUUUCACAGUAACAGCAUUCAGGUGGGAUGUAAGGCUCAUUUGCAUGGCCACCAAAUGAUGCUGAAGCCAAAAAAAAGGGUGACGUUUGACCUGUAAUCAUCUGAAUUCAACUGAUGCUGAUGAUAAGGUUAAAAGCUUUUGCCAAGCGUUGCCCCAGGCAUGUUGAUAUACUUGAUAAAUUGGCUAACUUUUCCCAAAAAAAAAAAAAAAAGGAGUUUGUAGUAAAUUGCCUCCAUUUUCUCAUUUUCUCUUAUUUUUUUUUUUCGCUUUCCAAAUGAAAUCAAAGUAAAAUCACAAAAUAAAAGCUCCAUCCAAAAAAAAAAAAAAAAAAGUGUCAUGGCAUUGAGGUCAUAGAGGUGUUGUCAUAAAUAAAGCCAGAGUUUUCUCCUCCCACUGCUGCUGUAAUGCCCCUCCCUCCCUGCUCCCUUGAUGGCAAGGCAGGGUAGACUGCAUGCUGUGGUAUGCCCUCAGUAGAAAUCUGUGAAUGUGUAGGAGCAUUAUCGCAAUUUUGUACUUAAUUGGACGAUUUUCCUUUACCACAUCUAGCUGAAGUCUCUCUCCUCCUUUUUAAAUCAAAGGUUGUAGAAGCCAUAAAGUUCUGUUGUCCUCUUUUUUUUUUUUUUUUUUGGUGGGGUGGGGGGAUGGUCACAGACUAAACCUUUGCCAGCUUCACAUAUCAUUUUAUGUUCAAGGUGAGGAUUGGUGGCUUUCUCUUGGCCCCCAUUCAACUCUAAAGCUUCUCAAAGCCAGUUAUCAUCACUUCUGCAGAGGGGAUGUACACAUGAGAUGAGAUGAGAUGAGAUGAGAUGACAUACCUGCACACAGAUUCCAGUUUGAGAUCAUCUUGUGCCUGUGUGUGAACAGUUAGCGGAGACGCUUGUGUUUAACUACAGAUUUUAUAUUCAAAUGCAUGAUUUUAGGGUCAAAUCAAAGCUUAGACAUGCAGAUCUCAAGACAGGAUUUUGGUCUAAUGUGUGUGUGUGUGUAUGUAUACAUGUGUGUAUGUGUGUGUGUAUUAUCUCCCAGGGAAACUGUGCCUUUUGGAUCAUUAAUGAUUUAAACUGUUUAGACACUGUAGCAGUUUGAUGAACAGCAAUGAGACCUGAUUGGAAACUAUAAGAGAAAGCUGAUCUCGCUCUCUUUUUUUUUUGGAACCCUCGUGAAGGAGGGUGGAAUUUCAGCUUUGCAGUGUGUCUGUGUACACAAAUGUUUGUUGAGCCUGCGUGUGUAGCGCGCAUGGAGCAAAGUGCACAUCACCAUAUUCAUGAGUUCUUUACACCUAAUUGCUGCUUGUCAAUAGUGCUAAAAAUCAAUUUGGCCCUCAUCCUGCUUUACAGCCGUCAUCAGCUUUAAAUUCGUUUGUCCUGAACACACACACACACACACACCCUGACACACACAUACAGAGAGAAAACGGUGUUUCCUUGGAGAUGUUCUGUGGAAGGUGAGAGUCCUCCCCUCUGCUGUUUCUACACAACACCUCCCUCCAUCACCACCACCUUUUUUUUUUCAUGCCAUCCACCGUUUAUUGCCUUUUUUCUUUUCUUUUUUUUUUUUUUUUAAACAAAUAUAUCAAAUAUAGGGAAACUUUAUUCUAAAGAGGGUGUUGCAUGUUUACAUGGGGAAAAUAUGUAAAAAUAAAAAAGAUGAUUUAUCAAAAUAACUGCAAAGAUCAUUUAAGAACGUUGUUUGUAGAGAUUCCUAGUUAUACAGGGCAGUGGACAGAGGGUUGCGUCUUUAGAAUCUGCCCUGCCAAAUCUGAUUUAAAUCCCAGCCAACCAAAUGCUCAAAGAACCAUCUUCACCAUGUUUACUCCUUAAAUCCCCUCCCUUAGCUCCCCAAUAAAUGAAAAAACACCUAUAAAAGAAGCUUUAUGACCUCUUGUCUUGGAUUCGAGACCAAAGGAGAAGAGGCAGGUGCGUUCUCUUAGCUUAUUGGGGGCUACCUCCGAUUCUUAUCCCUCCUGUUUUUCUUUUUCAUCAACCCCCGGCCCUUUUUUUUCUCCAAAGUCACAUUAUUACAAUAUGUUUUGAAUGUGUGUUAAGUUUUGAUUUUUUUUGUGUGCACUUACAAUAAGACUAUUUUAAAAUGCCCAAAGAGUGAAGCAGAGUAUUGGAUUGAAAUGAUUUCGAACUUCAUUCUGACCUCUUCUUUACUUUUUCUUGUUUUCUGUUGACAUGAUGCUGUAAUGUUGGCAAAAAAAAAAAAAAAAAGGAAA